AUGUAUAAGUCUCCUCCACUUAAGAAGAAUCAGUUUCAUAUCAUUUGCAGCUUCUUACAAUGUCGCGACCAAUCCCCAUUGAAGAAAUGGUAAGACUGUUCAAAAUACAUCACCCAACAUCUCACUUGUUCAAGAUAGACAACUUCUCUUUACUCAAAAAGCAUGGAGUCGAAAAGGUCGAAUCCUCUGUUUUCGAUCUCGCUGGUCACAAAUGGACACUCUCUGUGUACCCAAAUGGGCAUAAAAGUGCUAAGGGGACUCAUGUCUCCAUCUUCUUAAUGAAUCAAGUUUCAGUAAAUGUUUUGCUUACAUAUGAGCUCUUUGUCGUCAGUCAACUAGAGCGAAAAUGGCACACCCAUGGAAGAGAUGAAUUUGAUACAAAUCCAGAACCGAGUACUGAGGGGUUUUUAAGGUUCAUAUCUUUUGCUGAUCUUGAGAGAAAAGGUUUCCUUAUUGGAGAUUGUUGUAUGUUUGGUGUCAAGUUUUAUGGGAUUGAACCUGCUAAUCCCGGAACAGCGGAACGUUUUAGCUUAAUUGAGAAGCCUCUUAAUCACAAAGUCACUUGGAUGAUGAGCAAGUUCUCGUCCUUCAACCCUGGAAAGGUCCAUCAGUCUAAUGAAUUUGUCGUUGGAGCCAGGAAAUGGAGAAUUGAAGUUCAUCCAAGAGGGUAUAAUGAGGAAAAAGACAAAUCAUUUUCUGUGUAUCUAUCCGCAGAAGGAUUUAUCAACAAUGCACCAAAGACAAAAACUUACGCGAAGUUCAAGCUGCGGGUAUUGGAUCAAGUUAGCUGGAAUCAUGUUGAGAAAACAGAUUCGGAGUGGUUUGAUUCAGAACCUGACAUCCAAAGUGGCUUCGAGGAUUUCAUGCCUCUGGGGAAACUAGAUGAACCUUAUUUGGUGAAGGAUAAGCUUUAUGUGGGAGUUGAGUUUGAAGUCAUUUCUACCACUAAUUACUGUUAGCUUCUUGGCUUUAAUAAACCUUAUUGUGAGCU